AUGGAGCUUCUUUUUCCGGCGGGUUCUCCUCCGCUCUCUGCGAUCAUUGCCGCCAACUUAGGUUGGGUGUCUCUAACCCCCAAACCUUCACUGGAAUCCGGCUCCCCGCCGACCCUUGUUCUGGCGAACGGGGGAAGGUUGUGUGGAGCGAACGUUAUCCUGAGAUAUAUUGGUAGGAUUGCGAGAAAUAGCAAUUUCUAUGGGCAGGAUGCUUAUCAAUCGAGCCAGAUCGAUGAAUGGAUCGAUUAUGCUCCUGUCUUUGGCUCAGGAUCUGAAUUUGAGGGCGCAUGCAGCUUUGUGGAUGAAUAUCUACUUAAAAAUACAUUUUUGGUUGGUAAUAGCCUGUCCAUUGCAGAUGCUGCAAUCUGGGCUAGUCUUGCAGGAGCCGGCCCGAGAUGGGAAAGCCUUCGGAAAUCCAAGAAGUACCAAAACCUAGUCAGGUGGUUCAACUCAAUAUCCAUUGAGCAUGAUCCCGUGUUGACUGAACUUGUCACAACAUAUCUCGGUAAGAAAGGCCCGGCCAGGGCCCCAGCCCCCAAGUUAAGAGACACUCAAGCCUCAAAUUCACAGCUAGCAACAACUGAUAAUGUAGCCCACACAACUGAUACACCCGCCAAUCGAGCCCCGGAGGUGGACCUUCCUCAUGCGGAGGUUGGGAAGGUGAAAUUACGUUUUGCUCCAGAGCCCAGUGGCUACCUUCACAUUGGCCACUCCAAGGCCGCUUUAUUAAACCAAUACUUUGCUGAGCGGUACAAGGGCCAGGUCAUCGUGAGAUUUGACGACACGAACCCGGACAAGGAAAGCAGCGAGUUUGUUGAUAAUCUCCUCAAAGACAUCGAGACUUUGGGGAUUAAAUAUAGUGCAGUGACAUAUACUUCGGAUUACUUCCCGAAGCUCAUGGAUAUGGCCGAAAAGUUAAUUGGAGAGGGUAAGGCCUACGUUGAUGAUACUCCACGCGAGCAAAUGCAGCACGAGAGGAUGGAAGGUAUAGAGUCAAAAUGCAGGAAUCAUAGUGUGGAUGAUAAUUUUAAACUGUGGAGGGAAAUGAUCUCCGGCUCGGCCAGGGGCUUGAUGUGCUGCCUUCGUGGGAAGUUGGACAUGAAGGACCCAAACAAGUCACUAAGGGACCCAGUUUAUUACCGUUGUAAUUUGACUCCUCACCACAGGAUUGGUUCUAAGUAUAAGCUGUACCCAACAUAUGACUUUUGCUGCCCGUUUGUGGAUGCCGUGGAGGGCAUCACUCAUGCGCUGAGGUCGAGCGAGUACCAUGACCGUAAUGAUCAGUAUUAUAGAAUUCAGACGGAUAUGGGAUUCAGGAAGGUUCAUAUAUACGAAUUUAGUCGGCUGAAUAUGGUUUAUACACUUCUCAGCAAGCGGAAACUGCUGUGGUUUGUGCAGAAUGGAAAAGUCGAUGGCUGGGACGAUCCCCGUUUUCCUACUGUUCAAGGAAUAGUGCGGAGAGGGCUGAAGAUUGAGGCACUGAUUCAAUUUAUUUUGGAGCAAGGUGCAUCAAAGAACCUCAAUCUCAUGGAGUGGGAUAAACUAUGGGCCAUUAACAAGAAGAUAAUUGAUCCUGUGUGUCCCAGGCAUACUGCAGUUAAUGAAGAAAAACGUGUAUUGCUUGUUCUAACUGAUGGCCCAAAGGACCCCUUUGUCCGCAUUUUAGCUAAACAUAAGAAGUUUGAAGGUGCUGGUGAAAAACCUGUGACUUACUCGAACAGAUUAUGGAUAGACUACGCCGAUGCUGUAUCGAUCUCGGUGAAUGAGGAAGUCACUUUGAAGGACUGGGGCAAUGCAAUUGUGAAGGAUAUCAAGAAGGACGAAAAUGGAAUUGUCACCCAGUUGGAAGGUGUUUUGAAUCUUGAAGGAAAUGUUAAGAAGACAAAGUUGAAGCUCACUUGGCUGCCAGAUUCAAGUGAGCUUGUCAAGCUGACCCUUGUGCACUUCGAUUAUCUUAUUACAAAAAAGAAGCUUGAGGAGGAUGAGGAUUUUGUUGACGUGGUCAACCCAUGUACAAAGAUUGAGACAUUAGCACUUGGAGAAUCGGACAUGAGGAACUUGAAGCGUGGGGACGUGAUACAGCUGGAGAGAAAAGGGUACUACAGAUGUGAUGUACCUUUUGUACGGUCCUCAAAGCCCAUAGUUUUGUUUGCCAUACCAGACGGCAAGCAGCAAACUGUAGCAAACUGA